AUGGUGGUGCAGUUUCAGGUAUCCGUUGCAGUGGCAUGGUAUGUUCCGGGGGACGACCACUUUGUUACGAGGAGCAUCGGUAGCGGCGGCGCUGGGAUACGGCGCGCUGCGGCCGCCCGGCAGCUGUUGUCACAUCUACAGGAAGUGGUGUGUGGCCGGUUCGGCACUGAUAAGAGCGCAGAGCAAUACAUCUGCCCAAGCAUAAGCUGGACGUGCCACCAUUUCAGGAUUGGCUUGACGCCAGUUACUGGCUAUUUGGUGCUGAAUGAAUCGUAUCUGUUCGCUUGCGCCGCAUUUGCUGUUGCCGGAAUUACAGAUCUUCUUGAUGGUUAUAUUGCUCGGAAUUUUCGGGACCAGAAAUCACUGCUGGGCAGCAUCAUCGAUCCAUUUGCAGACAAGCUGCUUAUCAUGACUCUUUUUGUUACUCUCACAUACGUCAAUCUGAUUCCAUGGCCUCUCACUGCAUUGGUGGUUUUACGAGAUGUGUUGCUAAUAAUUGGCGCAGCAUUAACGAGAUAUAGAACGAUGGAAAGGCCAGUGACGUUGUUCCGUUUUUUCAAUGCAUCUAUUUCACCGCUGCAAGUUACACCGACAGUUGUGAGCAAGUUGAAUACGACGCUUCAGAUGGUGAUCGUUUCGGGUAGUUUGUUAGCUCCUGUAAUUGGCUUUGAAGGACAUCCUGUUCUGAACACUUUGUAUAUUGCAACUGCGGUGACGACACUAUAUUCUGGAUUGCAGUAUGCUCGUCUAAGCAGAAUAAAGCCUGCGAAGAAAAACUAA